AUGGCCUCAUUCUCUAACAAAAUUGUUGCUAUCACCGGAGCCGCAUCCGGAAUAGGGCUUGAGAUCGCCAAGAUUCUCAUCACUAAGGGUGCCACGCUGUCCAUCUCCGACAUUCAAGACGCUGCUCUACAGUCUGCGGCUUCGCAACUCAAGGAACUGGGAGGACCAGACGCCAAGGUGCUCGCCCAACGCGUCGACGUCACAAAGAGAUCCGAGGUUGAUUCCUGGAUUCAGCGGACAGUUGCUGAGUUUGCCGACCUGCACUGUGCCGUCAACUUUGCUGGUGUUGUGGAUGACCAGAUGGGCGCCCGAAACAUAUCUCAGCAAGACGACGAUGACUAUAACUUUGUUAUGAACGUCAACCUUUUGGGGGUUUGGAACUGCAUGCGAGCCGAGCUGAGCAACAUGAAGUCUGGGGCUUCAAUUGUAAACGCCUCCAGCGCGGCCGGACUCAUUGGCUUUGCAGGCGGCGCUGCUUACACGGCCAGCAAGCACGGCGUGGCCGGGCUCACAAGGAGCGCUUGCAAAGAGUUUGGUUCCGUGAAUAUCAGAGUCAACGCUGUUGCACCGGGCUACAUUAUUACGCCAAUGUCUAACAAGGCCUCCAAGUCCAUGGGCCUUGGUCCCGACGAUAUGGGUCCUGUCAAGGCCAGCGCCUUGGGUCGACCAGGCCAGCCCGAGGAGGUUGCAAAAUUGGUUGUUUUCCUGCUUGGUGAUGACGCCUCGUAUAUUACUGGCACGGUGAUCCCGAUUGAUGGAGGUUUGAUUUGCUAA